AUGUCUAUCUCUGUUAAUGGUUCCUUACAUGGAUAUUUCCGUUGCACUCGUGGUGUUAGGCAAGGUGAUCCUCUUUCACCGUUGCUUUUUUGUUUGGCUGAAGAGGUACUAAGCAGGCAGAUUUCCAAACUGGUGGAGGAUAACAAAUUGUCUCUUAUGCAGGGGUCCAGGGGAGUCAAUUUUCCUUCUCAUUGCUUCUAUGCGGACGAUAUCAUGAUUUUCUGUACAAGUAGGAAAAGUAAUCUCCAAAACCUCAAAAAUCUUUUUGUUAGUUAUUCCAAUUGUUCUGGGCAAUUUGUUAGUCAAUCCAAAUCUACCAUUUUUUGCGGAGCUAUGGUCCGGUCUCGGCAGCUUGAGCUUGCUCAAUUCAUUGGAUUUCCAUUAGGAUCGCUGCCUUUCUUGUAUUUGGGAAUUCCUAUCUUUAGAGGCAAGCCUAAGAGGAUUCAUUUUCAACACUUGGUGGACAAGAUAAAGAAUAAGCUAGCUAAUUGGAAGGCUGUGUUGCUGUCUUUUGCAGGUAGAGCUCAGCUGAUUCGUUCGGUUAUCCAAGUCACGGUGGCGUGGAGCAAAGUCUGCAGGCCAUUUUCUGAAGGAGGGCUAAACAUAAGGUCUCUAACAACCUUAAACGAGGCGUCCAAUUUGAAGCUUUGUUGGGACAUGUUGUUGUCUAAUGAUUCUUGGGCUAAAGUUCUUCGGGCUCAGGUUCUAAGAGAUUUCUUUAACUUUCCUACAGCAUGGCGUUCCUCUCUUAAUUACUCAGUCGCUAGUUACAUUCACAAUUACCACUGGAACCUGCCUCAACAAGUGAUAGAUUUAUGUCCAGGUAACAUUUGGAAUUGUCUGGCCGAAGUUUUGAAUUGCAGGAUUCAGUUAUCGUGUACCUCUGAGGUUUGGAAGCUUUGCGAUCGGAAUUGGAGUCCGCAAUGUAAGGUGGUGGUUCAGGAGCUUUGUAUCAACACCAUUCACACAAUCUGGAAUUGCAGAAAUAUGAAGAGAUUUCAGAACAAUCCUACCUAUUGGAGAAAUGCUAUUACCAAUAUUAAAGCCGACGUACAACUUGCCGGAACUUGGACCAAUCUUCCUUUUAGGAAUUCUAUAGAAGAUUUCAGAAUCUUGAAGCUUUUCGAUGUUCCGAUACAUCCGCCUCGUCCUUCUCUUAUCAAAAAAUUUUUUGGCAGCUCUGGUGAUUUUAUCAUCGGGUUCUCUAAAAAUCUCGGUAAACACAAUGCUUUCUUUGCUGAAUUAUCUGGAGCACUGAGAGCAAUUGAAUUAGCUCAGCUUCACCAUUGGAAUCAUUUGUGGCUCGAAAGUGAUUCAUCCCUUGUUGUGAAGGCCUUUAGCAACCAGGCGGCUAUCCCUUGGCUCCUUAGGAACAGAUGGAUUAAUUGCCAUGUUUAUACUAGACAUAUUAAUUUUCUGAUUACUCAUGUGUAUAGAGAGGCCAAUUCUUGUGCCGACUUGUUGGCAAAUGAAGGCCUUACGGUUACUCCACCACUCAACAUGCUUACUAUUGCAUGGACCCAAAAAUCCGACGACUUUACACCUCGAGGCACGUCAAAUUUGUUGAAAUAG